UGUCAUCUGUCUAGUAUCACGUUUACCAAAACACACAUCGCUCGUCGUCUCCGGUAGCAAAACCCCCUUCAAAAUCCCAGUAAAACCGAAAGGACAGCCACCGACAGUGCAAUGAAAUGUCGUUACGCGCCAAAAUAUUAAGCUUCGGCGAAAUCCUUCUACGAGUGCCGUCGUUAUUUGUUAUCGACGAGAUUCUGAAGAUCAGUCUGGGCCUCCCCAACCGGUCGGACUUCGCAGGCUACGAAGAAAGUUUCGAUUAUUUUGAGGAGAAGGUCCAGAACAUAACAGCCCUUGAUUACGACCCGAAUUUUAAAUGGUUCUUGUUGGCUUCAUUGUACAGGCUACUUAUCAGCACAUCAGUAUGUGCCGUCGCAAUAUGUCUUUUUGUCUUAAGUACCAAACACUUAAUGAUCGUCUACAUGUACCUGAUGUCCGUUGGAGUAGUUUUUAUUUCUUACUGGAGCAAUAUGUCAACGAUGAAACAAGUAAUUGCGCUUUACCCAGAAGGGCAGAUGAAUCCGAGUAUUUUAGACGACAUCCUCCUCUUGGAUUUUGACAAUUUGCUACAGCUUUAUGGUGGAGCUUUCACAGUUAUCCUUAAAAACUACUUCGUUCAAUGUAUAUUGACCGUAAUUUUUGUUAAUAUCCAUUUGGGACCAAGAUAUCAUUAUGUCCAAAGAAGAUUUUUGCCCUUAUCAUUCUUGAUGCCUUCAAUUCUCGCCCUGUUACCUGUUCCUGCGGUCGUUUUAAUGCACGCACCCGUUUUCGCGGCGUUACUUCCGCUAAGUUUGGUAAAAUUUGUGCUGUGGAGUUCGCUAGUUUGUGUUAUUCACACAAUUUAUAACGGUUAUUCGCAAACGCGAACUUAUGUAACCAGUUUUGGGAUGUCGGCAUUGAUCGAAUCGGAAUGGAUUAGAUUGAACGUGCCGGGCGUUUUACGAACAUUUUGGAUUUUAAGGGUAUUCGAACAUACAGGGUUGUUUUUCAUUUCCGGUUUGUGGAAUGAUUCGGACGGGAUAUUGCCGUUGUUUAGAUUAAUUAAAUCAUUAAUGGUUACGGGUUGUGAUACUUUAACGGCGGUUCUUGGAAUUACUAGCGUCGUUUCUUAUAUAUGCCAUCACAUCGGGCGUACUUUCCAAUGGUUCCUUUUAACGGAGGACGAAAACGAUAAAUCUAUCGGUACGGUUUCUGCUAUUCUUUUUUACAUACUCGCGCUUCAAACGGGUUUAACAGGAUUAGACCCGGAAAAGCGAUUUGUUAGACUUUGUCGUAAUUUUUGUUUACUCUUCACCGCACUACUUCAUUUCAUCCAUAACAUUGUUAAUCCGUUAUUAAUGAGCUUGUCCGCAUCACACAACCCAUCAAUUAAACGACAUCUACGCGCUUUGGCCGUUUGUGCUUAUCUUGUGGUGUUUCCAAUUUUAUUGUUAAUCUAUCUUUGGUCGAAUCACACUAUUUCAACGUGGUUAUUGGCCGUUUCUGCGUUUAGCAUCGAAAUUGUUGUCAAAGUUGCCGUUUCACUUUCGAUAUACUCCCUAUUUUUACUGGAUGCUCGUAGAGAAACGUUUUGGGAACAACUCGACGAUUAUGUUUACUACAUCAAAGCGUUUGGAAAUAUGGUCGAAUUCUGUUUUGGUAUAUUUCUAUUCUUCAACGGCAUUUGGAUAUUAGUAUACGAGAGCGGAGCCGUCGUUGCAGGUGCGAUUCGGGCCGUCAUGAUGUGCAUUCACGCUUACUUUAACAUUUGGUGCGAUGCAAAGGCAGGAUGGACGGUGUUUAUGAAACGUAGAACAGCCGUUAAUAAAAUCGAUAGUUUACCCGAAGCAGACGCCGAACAACUUCGACAUUUGGACGACGUUUGCGCCAUUUGUUAUCAGGAGAUGAAAUCAGCCAAGAUUACACGUUGCAAACACUAUUUUCAUGGUGUUUGUUUACGAAAAUGGUUAUACGUACAAGAUAAAUGCCCGUUGUGUCAUAAUAUUUUACACAGCGUUGAAGUUGAAGAGAAUAAGGCUUGGAACGGCAGGCUUAUACAGAUUCAGGUGGCUCAAGAAGAGCUAAACCACAGGUGAUAAUUUUGCGUUCCCGUCUUUCUGUGAUCCGAUUCAGUUUUUUUUUUCCUAUUUAAGAAGUGCCCACCGAGCAUCCUGGGUACUGUAAAAUACUUUAUUUUUUUAUUUGUAUAGGGAAUAAAUAAUAAGAAUUAUUAUCUAAGUCCAGCUCUUCAUUAUAUGAUUUUAAUUUCUUUAUAGUAAUUACUGUUAAUUUUCAAUUCUUUUUCUCUAUUUCCAAAGAAAUCUCUAUUCACUCUUAAAUCUAAUGAUUAGUUGUUAUUUUUCAUUCUAAAAUAUUUCUAUGUAGAAUAAUUCGAUUUUGUACGUCUGUGAUUGUGGCCAUUUUCGUUGUCUGUACACUAGACAAAGAUAUAAUAAUAUAAAACGACGAUAAUAUACAUAAUAUAUUUAAUUGUUAUCUAGAUCCCACUUUAAUGUUAUAAAUUAUAACGCAAAUGCGUGAUUUUAUCAUUAUUUUUUUUUUUCACUUUAAAAAAGAUUUUGCAAUCGCUCGCUGCGUUAUAGUAACACGGUUAUAGCAAAAGAAGUUUUAUCAAGUAAUUUAACACCACAUUAAGAAUGCUGGAUAAUGAUAAUAGCAUUAUAUAAGUUUUUUACAAUGUACAUUAACGAUGACUUGGUAUAUUAAAAUGAUAUGAGACCAGAGUGGCACUGAUAAAAUAUUUAUUCAUUAAAUAAAAUAUUUUUAAGUUA